UACUGCUGUGGGCCCGCAUCUGUGGAGGCCAUUCGCAACGGGAUGGUAUACCUGAAAUACGAUAGCCCCUUCAUCUUCGCUGAGGUGAACAGCGACAAGGUCUACUGGCAGAGGCAGGCUGACGGAAGCUUCCAGAAAGUCCACGUGGAGAAGAAGGUGGUGGGUCACAAGCUCAGCACCAAGGCCGUGGGCUCCGAUGAGCGGGAGGACAUCACGGACAGCUACAAGUACCCCGAGGGGACGGAUGAGGAGCGCAUCGCCGUGGUGACGGCCUGUCGUCAUGGCAGCCGUCCCGAGACGUACGGAGACGAGUGUGCCUGCGACGUGGACGUUACCGUCAGCACCGAGGAUGGCGUCAUCAUGGGCCAGGACUUCACCGUCACCGUCAGCCUGACCAACACCAGCUCGGAGUGCCGCUCUCUGACCCUCCUCGUCCAGGCUGUCGUCAUGUACUACACCGGUGUGGUCAAGGGCACCUUCAAAAGGGACAAGCAUGAAGUGCUGCUGGAGCCUCACAAAG